GAUUAUUAUAAGAUAAUUAAAACUCCGAUGGAUAUGGGAACAAUAAAGAAGCGCUUGGAGAAUAACUACUACUGGAAUGCUCAAGAAUGUAUCCAGGAUUUUAACACGAUGUUUACAAACUGCUACAUCUACAAUAAGCCAGGGGAUGACAUAGUCUUAAUGGCGGAAGCUCUAGAAAAGCUUUUCCUGCAGAAAAUCUCCGAAAUGACCCAGGAGGAAACGGAAAUCGUUAUAGCCCAGACGAAAGGAAGAGGCCGCGCGAGGAAGGAAGCAGUGACAUCCAAACCAGGAUCAUCCACGGUACCGAACGCAACCCAAGCAUCGUCCCCGGCGCAGACGCAGGCGCCGCAGCAAAACCUCCAGUCCGUGCAGACGACUCAUUCCUUUCCUUCCGUCACCCCCGACCUCAUCGUCCAGACCCCGGUAAUGACGAUGGUGCCUCCUCAACCUCCCGUGCCGCCUCCGCCUGCUCCCCAGGCCCCCGCGCCGCCGGCCCCGGCUCCCCAGCCCAUCCAGCCUCACCCUCCUGUUAUCCCAACACCCGCCCAGCCCGUGAAGACAAAAAAAGGGGUGAAGAGGAAAGCAGACACCACGACACCAACGACCAUCGACCCAAUUCAUGAAUCGUCAUCGCUGCCCACCGAACCCAAGUCCACCAAGUUGGGACCGCGUCGGGAAAGCAGCCGCCCGGUGAAGCCUCCAAAGAAGGACGUCCCAGACUCUCAACAACACGUGGUAGAAAAGAGUAGCAAAAUAUCCGAGCAGUUAAAAUACUGCAGCGGCAUCAUCAAAGAGAUGUUCGCCAAGAAACACGCUGCCUACGCCUGGCCCUUCUACAAGCCUGUGGACGUGGAAGCACUGGGACUGCACGAUUAUUGCGAUAUCAUUAAACAUCCCAUGGAUCUGAGCACAAUCAAAUCUAAACUGGAGAACCGGGAAUACCGAGAUGCUCAGGAAUUCGCGGCGGACGUACGAUUGAUGUUCUCCAAUUGCUAUAAGUACAACCCCGCUGAUCACGAGGUGGUGGCCAUGGCACGGAAACUGCAGGACGUGUUCGAGAUGCGCUUUGCCAAGAUGCCGGAUGAACCCGAAGAACCUGUGAUUCCAGCUUCUUCUCCGGUGGUGGUGCCGCCUCCCACCAAGGUGGCUCCCCCUUCGUCCAGCGACAGCAGCAGCGACAGCUCCUCCGACAGCGACAGCUCGUCGGAUGACUCCGAGGAAGAGCGAGCUCAGCGGUUAGCGGAGCUCCAGGAACAGCUGAAAGCAGUGCACGAACAGCUCGCGGCCCUGUCCCAGCCGCAGCAGAACAAACCAAAGAAAAAAGAGAAAGACAAGAAGGAGAAGAAGAAGGAGAAGCACAAAAAGAAGGAGGAGCUGGAAGACGCCAAGAAAAGCAAAGCCAAGGAGCCGCCGCCUAAGAAGGCCAAGAAAAGCAACAGCAACAGCAGUACCUCCAGUAAGAAGGAGCCUGUGCCGGUGAAGAACAGCAAGCCCCCUCCAGCCUACGAGUCGGAGGAGGAGGAGAAGUGCAAGCCCAUGUCCUACGAGGAGAAGAGGCAGCUGAGCUUGGACAUUAAUAAACUCCCCGGUGAGAAACUGGGCCGCGUCGUCCAUAUCAUCCAGUCGAGAGAACCCUCCCUCAAAAACUCCAAUCCCGACGAGAUCGAGAUCGACUUUGAGACGUUAAAACCAUCCACCUUGCGGGAGCUGGAGAGAUACGUCACGUCGUGUUUACGGAAGAAGAGGAAACCUCAAGCGGAGAAAGUGGAUGUAAUUGCUGGUUCCUCUAAAAUGAAGGGGUUCUCCUCCUCAGAGUCCGAGAGCACCAGCGAGUCCAGCUCCUCCGACAGCGAAGAUUCAGAAACAGAAAUGGCACCGAAAUUGAAGAAAAAAGGGCAUUCGGGGCGAGAGCAAAAAAAGCAUCACCAUCACCACCAUCAACCGGUGCAGCAGCCGCCGCCCCCGCCGCCGCCCGUCCCUCAACAAGCUCCUCCGCCGAUGAAGUCUUCUCCUCCGCCUUUCGUCCCCGCGCAAGUCCCCGUCCUGGAGCACCCGCUGCCGGGGAAUAUGUUCGACACCAUGACGCAUUUCACCCAACCCAUCAUGCAUCUUCCUCAACCGGAGAUGCCGCCCCAUCUUCCCCAGCCGCCCGAGCACAGCACUCCUCCCCACCUCAACCAGCAUGCCGUGGUGUCUCCUCCAGCUUUGCACAACGCUCUGCCUCAGCAGCCCUCGAGCCCCAGUACCCGAGCCGCGGCGCUACCCCCGAAGCCUUCGCGUCCACCGGCCGUCUCGCCCGCCAUCAGCCAGCAACCCAUGCUUCCUCAACCGCCUCUGCCCCAGCCUCCCCAGGUCCUGCUGGAGGACGAAGAACCUCCGCCGCCGCACCACAACCUGCCUCUGAGCACCAGCCAGAUGCAGCUCUACCUUCAGCAGCUGACCAAGGAGCUCAAAUUUUUGAGGAUCUCAAGGAUCUCAUUUUUGAGGAUCUCGAGGAUCUCAAGUCACUUGAGGGAAGCCCCUUCCCCUCUCAUGAUGCAUUCCCCACAGAUGCCGCAGUUCCAGGGUUUGGUCCACCAGUCGCCACCUCAACAAACUAUCCAGCCAAAAAAACAGGAGAUGAGAGCCGCCUCCGUCGUCCAAUCUCAACCCAUGGUGGGGAAGGAGGAGAAGAUGCAUUCGCCCGUCAUCCGUAACGAGACCUUCAGUCCCCCGUUGCGGCAAGAUCCGCCGAAACACCCAGAGAGCAUCAAACCGCCCGCGCACAUCCCGCAACGGACGGAGAUGAAACCCAUGGAGGGGGGACGACCCGUCAUCAGACCCCCGGAGCAAAACCCCCCGCCGCCGGGAGUGCAGGAGAAAGAUCGGCAGAAACAGGAGCCGAAAACACCCGUCGCCCCCAAAAAGGACCUGAAAAUCAAGAACAUGGGUUCCUGGGCGAGUUUGGUCCAGAAACAUCCCACCACUCCCUCCUCCACGGCGAAGUCCUCCAGCGACAGCUUCGAGCAGUUCAAGAGGGCGGCGCGGGAGAAGGAGGAGCGGGAGAAGGCGCUGAAGGCUCAGGCGGAGCAGGUGGAAAGGGAGAAGGAGCGGCUGAGGCGGGAGCAGGAGAGGAUGAGGAGCCGGGAGGACGAGGACGCCAUGGAGCAGGCGCGCCGGGUGCACGAGGAGGUGCGGCGGCGCCAGGAGCAGCAGCAGCCGCAGCAGCAGGAGCAACAGACGCAGCAGCAGCAGCAAGCGGCGGCGGCGGCGGCGGCGCCCCAAGCCCAGAGCUCGCAGCCCCAGUCCUCCCAAUCCAUGUUGGAUCAGCAGCGGGAGAUGGCCAGGAAGCGGGAGCAGGAACGGAGGCGCCGGGAAGCGGACACCCUGGUGACGGGUGACAGGGACACCCUAUGUCGGGACACCCCGGUGAUGGGGACGCUGCGGUUGUGGGUCCCGCCGGUGACAGGGACCCCCGGUGACAAGGACCCCCGGUUCUGCUGGAGGCAUCUGCUGCUGGAAUUCGGCACCCGGUACCGGGUGGUGGCCUUGGAUCUCCGGGGUUACGGAGCUUCGGAGAAGCCAGCGGGCAAGGCCAGCUACCGGCUGGAGGUCCUCCUGGAGGACAUCCGCCAGGUCAUCGAGAGCCUGGGGACAAGCGAGGGGCAGGGGGAGGUGACGACGGCCACCGAUGCCAGCGAGGCCUCCCCCAAGUGCAUCUUGGUGGGCCAUGAUUGGGGCGGGCUUCUGGCCUGGGAGUUGGCCACCAAUCACCCGCACCUGGUGGAGAAGUUGGUCAUCAUGGCUGCGCCCCACCGGGCCGUCAUGGCAGGUUUCACCGCCUGCCACCCCACCCAGCUCCUCCGCUCCAGCUACGUCUUCCUCUUCCAGCUGCCCUGGCUGCCCGAGCUCCUCCUCUCCUUGGCGGACUUUGAGCUGGUGAAGACCGUCCUGACGGGACCUUGGAUGGGGAUCCGGAACCCGGCGCAGCGGUUGACGGAGGAGGAGGUGGACGCCUACCUCUACGGCCUCUCCCAACCGGGGGGGCUGACACCCCCCAUCCACUACUACCGAAACCUCUUCCG